CAGCAGUGAGCCUGAAGGCGCUAUGCUGAUGUUGUUUGCCAGGUGUUUUGCAAGCUUUAACACAAACAUAUAAUAGGAGAGUGAUCAUAAAUAUCCUAGACAUCACCGCGAUGACUUCCUAAGUUGCUAUCCAUAAUCAAGUUCAAUCGUCAUACAUACCUUUGCGCACAUUCAGGAAGAUGCAAGUAGAUCCGGCUACAUUAGGCAACAGGUGGCUCUGCUACAGGGAAACUGUUGUUGCUCAUUAUGAUGACUUGAUCAAUGACGAAGACUACUACGGCCAUUUACUCAGACACUUAGCCGGCGAGGUUCACGAAGACGAUAUAGAUAAUUGUACAAAACACGAUGGGACGUUGGAGAAAUGGGAUGGAUUCGCGCAUACAGUCCAAUCAUUCGUUAGGGAGAUGGGUCCCGUUGAAGACAAAACGCCGUUCAAUCUUCUUUUCAAGGCUUACCGGGAUGGCAGGGUAGACGAUGUGAUAGCGCAACAUGAUAAGUUCGACGAGAAACAGGCGGGAUAUGUGCGCAGACUACUGGCGAUACGCUCUCUACUAGACAGACGAGCAGAUGUCUUACGCUUCGCCCUUGAAAAAGCGGGAUUUGAAUACACGCAGAAGUUCAUCGACGAAGCUUACGAGGUAGAUAAGGAGAAAGACCCAAAAACAUACGCAGCACUUGAGGAGUCAGAAUUCCGCCGUAUUCAUCCGCGGAAAGACCCACCCUGGGUGGUUUUUGAUGUCGGCGGCCGUUUACCUGUGGAUUGGUGACUGCCCCGGUAUACAUGUAUUGUGGGAGGUUCCCGUGUGCGCAGCUUAACAAUUGAGGGAGGGUUGAUUGACUAAUGGGUUACCACCCCCGCCCCUGUUACACUGUUUACUGAAUACCAU